AUGGAAGUGGAGGUCGGUGAGAAGGGCAAAAUGAAAAUUCCAGAUGUCAAGAUGCCAAGUGUCAAGAUGCCCCAAAUAAAGGGGCCCCAGGUUGCCAUCACUCCAUCAAAGUUCGAGGGAGAUGCGUCCCUUCCCAAAGUUGAAGCUGAAAUGCCAGAAGGAGAAGUCUCUGCAAAGGUGCCCAAAGCUGAAGGCAGCAUUGAGGGAGGUGGGAUGAAGAUGCACAUGCCAAAAUUCAAGAUGCCCAGCAUGGGCUUCUCCAAACCAGACGUCAAGGGCCCCAAAGUCGACGUGGACCUCAGCGUACCCAAGCCGGACGUCACCCUUCCAUCCGCUGACCUCAGCAUCUCCAAACCUGAAUUGAAAACGGGAGAGCUUGCAGCCGACAUCAGCGUCUCAGCACCUGAGGUGAAGAUCCCUGCAGGCCAGGCCUCCUUGGAACUCAAGGCCCCAGACUUCCAACUGGAGGCACCAUCAGCUGAGAUAUCUGUGGAGGCCGGCGAGGCCAAGCUGGAGGGCGUGGACAGAAAAUUCAAAAUGCCUAAAUUCCAGAUGCCAAAGUUUGGCAUGUCCCUUCCCAAAGGGAAAGCCGCUGUCGAGGGGGAUAUCACCGUGCCUGCCAUAGAGGCAGAGAUCCCCAAAGCAGAACUCAAAGGUGAAGUGACGGUGCCAUCCGUCGAGACGGGCAUAAAGAUAAGAGGACCUCACAUUGAAGGCCCGAGUGUGGAAGUGGAGGUUGGUGAGAAGGGCAAAAUGAAAAUGCCUGAUGUCAAGAUGCCGAGUGUGAAGAUGCCCAAAAUAAAGGGGCCCCAGGUAGAAGUCACUCUAUCGAAGGUCGAGGGAGAUGUAUCCCUUCCCAAAGUUGAAGCCGAACUGCCAGAAGGAGAAGUCUCUGUCAAGGUGCCCGAAGCAGAAGGCAGAAUUGAGGGAGGCAGGAUGAAGAUGCACAUGCCAAAAUUCAAGAUGCCCAGCAUGGGCUUCUCCAAACCAGAAGUCAAAGGCCCCAAAGUCGACAUGGACCUCAGCACACCCAAGGCUGACGUCACCCUUCCAUCCGCUGACCUCAGCAUCUCCAAACCUGAAUUGAAAACGGGAGACCUUGCGGCCGACAUCAGUGUCUCAGCAACUGAGGUGAAGAUCCCAACAGGCCAGGCCUCCUUGGAACUCAAAGCCCCAGACUUCCAACUGGAGGCACCAUCAGCUGAGAUAUCUGUGGAGGCUGGCGAGGUCAAGCUUGAGGGCAUGGAUGGGAAGUUCAAAAUGUCUAAGUUCCAGAUGCCAAAGUUUGGCAUUUCCCUUCCCAAAGGGAAAGCUGCUGUUGAGGGAGACAUUAGUAGUGUACCUUCCUUGGAGGGUGAUGUUCCAAAAGCAGAUCUGAAAGGCAAAGUGAUUUUGCCAUCUGUUGAGACUGGCAUAGAUGUGUCAGGAACCCAGCUUGAGGCCCCAAGCAUUGAAGUGGAGGUCGGUGAGAAGGCACCAGAAAUAACCGCGGAAACUCUUCUUGGUGAUAUUGAGUACAGUGCUGCAGAGGUAACUGUCGAUGGCUCAAAGGGGAGGAUGAAGAUGCCAAGAUUUCAUAUGCCGAAGUUUGGAUUAUCUCGUACUAAAGAUAAAACCAUAGAAGGCAAAGUCAGUUCAUCCAAGGCUGAUAUUGACAUACCUGGCCUAGACACUGAUGUGGAAAUCUUGGAUAUUCGAACAAUUGAAGCUCCUGAGAUGGAGUCAGAUGUUUCAAACCUUAAAAUGCAGACCUCACCAGAAAGAGUGCUCCAGCGACCGAAAACUGAUAUUCAGAUAUCAGGUACAGCCAUUGGCCUUCCAUCUGUAGAUGUUUCAGUUCCCAUGACAGAAGUUAACAUCCAGGGUACAGACUUAGAUAUCAAAGGCUUAAAAAUGGAAGCCGGUGAAAAGGACACAGCAGAAAAAGAAAGCAAAUUCAAGAUGCCAAAGUUCAAACUACCAUCAUUUAACUGGUCUCCAAAAAAGGAAGGAAGCGUUUCCGGUCAUGUUGAUGCCAACUGGGAUGACCCCUCACUAACAAUUUCGACAAGUGAGAGAGAACCUGAAUUAACCCUUACCGUAGAAGAAAUCGAGGACGAGGUGGUUGAAGUGGACAGUCACUUUUCUAUUGAUAAAGACAGUGAAAGAAGUAAAAUCAGACGGCCACAGUUCAGCAUGCCAAAAUUAUCCCUUCCAAAAAUGAAGGGCCAUAAGGCUGAAAUGUCUGUGUCACAGCUGGAAACGGACAUUAGAGUGUUUGAGCAAGGAGAUCAAGGAGACCGGCCACUGCAGGUCCCAGAGAAAGAAGUCAGUGGAGGGGAUGCUAAAAAAAGCAUUAAAAUGCCCAAAGUUAAACUCCCAAGCCUUGAGCUUUCCAAAGCAGAAAUCAAAGCUCCAAAGGUUGAUAUGGAGGUCAGCGACCCUAAAAGUGAUGCCCAGCUCCCUACGUCUGAUGUCAGUCUUUCAAAACCAGAAGUAAAACUGGGGGAUAUUUGCGCUGAUGUUAGUAUAGCAGCUCCUGAAAUUAAGGGUUCCAGGGCAGAGGAACUGAAAAGUCCAGAAGUAAAAAUGGAAGGACAGUCCGCUGAAACGUCUGUAGAUGGGGCCGAGAUUAAAACUGAAGGUGUGGAAGGAAAGAUGAAAAGGCCCAGAUUCCACAUGCCCAAGUUUGGAAUCUCAUUUUCUAAAGGAAAAGUUCCUGACACUGAGGUUGCUUUACCAUCGAUGGAGGCAGAGGUUCCCCAGCUGAAAACAACAACAGAUAUUGCUGACAUUGCAGUGGAAGCACCAACACUCGAAGCUAAUUACGCUGUAGCUGGUGAAGAAACAAUUGUGGUGGAUGACAGAAUAAGAAUUCCUCCGAUUCCUAAAGGUGUCACGAAGGCCCCCACGCUGGACGUAGAGCUCCCAUCAGUCGGGCUUCCGAUGCCUCCGUCAGAAAAAGACGUUCAAAGUUUAGAAGCCCAACCAGAAGGAGAUUUAAAGACUGGAGUUUUAGAUACAGAAGAGAAAGAAGGACACUUCAAAAUGCCAAAAUUCAGGUUGCCAUCAUUUAGUUGGUCCCCUAAAAAAGAAGCAAGCCUUAAAACAGACAUAAAAGAACCUGAGGAAGAACCUCAAACAGCAUGGCCCGAGGAUACAGAUUCACAACUAACAGUAGUUCUGUCAGAAGAUCAAGGGGUCCAGAUGGAACUUGAUGCGGAGAUGUCGUCCAAGAAGGGCCAGAUGAAAAGGCCUCAUUUUGCCAUGCCCAAACUCUCUCUCUCUAAACCAAAGUUACCUAAAUCACAGGUCAGUCUGUCGAAAGGGGAGAAAGAUCUAACUGAGGAAAGAGAAGGAGAGGUGGUACAAAUACCAGAUAUAGAAAGCAGUUUUACCACCAGAGAAGAAGAAGGAACAGAGAUAAGCAUUAAAAUGCCAAAGGGAAUAUCAAAACCAGAAAUCAAGACUCCCAAAAUAGAUCUAGAUGCCAAAGUACCUACAGCCGAUAUUAAAGCUCCUAUGACUGGCCAUUCACCUGAGCUGAAGAGUUUGGAGAGAGGAUUUGAAGGAACAUCAGGUGAAACUGAUAUGGAUGGUGCAGGUAGAAAAAGUGAGGGCUUAGAAAUUAGACUGCCGAAACUCCAGAUGCCAAAGUUUGGAAUCUCAGUUCUUGAAGGGGAUGUGCCCAAGAGUGAGAUUGUCAUACCAGCUGUGCAAGGUGAAGUUUCCAAAGUACAAACAACAGAGGGACUUGAUGGAGAAGCUCCGGUCCUAGACGUUCAAGCUGAUACUGCUGGUGUUGAAAUGAAGGGUUCCUCUGUGAAAAUUGAAGUCCCACGAAUGGCCACAGCUGAAACCAAGGUAUCAGACACUUCUGCAUACAGCCUUAGUGAGAAGGAUAUAGCUGUACAAGGAGAACAUGAAAUUCAGACAGAGGCAUCUCAGGGCUGGUUUAAAAUGCCGAAGUUCAGAAUGCCUUCGUUCGGCCGGUCAUCUUUAAAGGGGAAAAAGGGUGAUGCUGAGGAUGAAGGUAGCCCUGGGAAGGUUCUCACUGCUGACAUGCAAGUUGAAAUAAAGACACCCGAAACUGUGGCACAGUCUCUUCAUGUGGACACUGAGUCUUCUGUGAAGGACAGUUUAGAAGGCAAGAUCACAUUUCCUCAAGGGCCAAUUCCAGAAGGUGACGUUUCAAUACAGAAAGAAGGGGGCUCUGGUUUUGGCCUGUCAGCAGGCAAAGGCAGACUCCUGCAACCUUCCGGGGAAAUGGAUAUUAAAUUAAGUUUGGAGGGGAGCAAAACAUAUGCUGAGGCAGUUAAACAUGGGGCUGAAGAAGAGCUACAGAAACCUCCAUUCCCCGUCCCUAGAGACGAGCUCUGUAGUUCAGAAGUCAGCAUACCUAAAGUAGAGGCAACGCUUCCUAAAUCCGAUACGGCACUUCGACAUAAAGCCAAGCCUGACGACGCGCCAUCUUUGGAGGUUUCCAUCGAAACAAAGAGGCUAGACGUGGGAACUGAUGAGGCAGCAUCCGCUGAAAUCACUGUGGAUGGAACAGAAAGGAGAAUUGACAUUUCUGGUCCAAAAGAAGAAGUUGUGGUGCAAAGCCGAGGUGCAGAAGCAAAAACUGGGAAGAUGGCAAGCCAAACAAAAUCACCGAAAAAGGACAUUCAAGGAAAAGAAAGCAUGUUCAAAAUGCCAAAGUUCACUGUGCCUUCAUUUGGAUGGUCUACCCCAAAGAGCUCUGUCCACAUCGCUGAAGAUAUACCUAACCUGGAAGAACCAGAGGCUGCCCUGCCAGAAAUUAAAAUGGAUGCUUCGAUCACUGAUGAAGACUUUGAAAUAAUAGAGUUGCCAGUUGAAGGUUUUGAGAAGGACGCUUCCGCAGAAGUUGAGGUGAAAGCAGAAGAAAGAGACAGUUCAAGUAAAACAAAAGCAUCUAAAUUCAGGAUGCCAAAGUUUGGCAGUCUACGUUCCAAAUCACGGGGCUCAGAAAUCCACGCUGAUCCACCAAAAGUGGAAGGUGAGGUGUCGCUAGCUAAAACGGAAGGGGAGGCAUCAGAAAUCCAGAUUCAAAAGGGAGAAGGGUCUGUUGACCUAAAAGGUACAAAGCUAGAUACUGAGGACAAGGAAUUUGAGGAUUCAGAGCUAAAUUUCCAUAUUCCAAAAUUAAGAAUGCCCAAAUUCACACACAGCACGCCCAUAGCUGAAGGACAAGUUUUGACUUCAGAAGGAACAACAGAUGGGAAAUGUGCAGAUACUGAUGUUGCACCUCAGCUGGAAUUCAGGACUAAAGUCCUCGAAGAGAAAGCAGACCAGACAGGUUAUGAUAUCCAGAAAUCAAAAGUCAGGAUUACAACAUUGUCUGAACCUGCUAUUCAGAGAACAAAGGUGGAGAGCAAAAUGCCAUCUAAAGAGUCUAUGUUUGCAGAGACUGCAGUAUGGAUACAGAGGCCAAUGGAGUUUAGCGGUGGUUUUCCUAAAGAGCAGAUAGAUACCAUGAGUAGUACUAUCCAUAAGUCAGUAGCUAAAAUUACAACAGUGACUGAACCAGACAUUCAGACAACGCAAUUUGAGAUUAAACUCCCAUCUGCAGAUUCCUGCACUCCAGAAGCAUCAUUGCAUGCUCAAGGACCUCGUGGUGAGAUCAAAGAAACAAAGAUAGAAGGUACAUCAGUGCUUGGUUAUGGCGACAGUCGAAGUCAGGAGACAUUCUCCACACAGAUAGUCAGAGAAUCUGAGAUUCCUCCAUCGGAGAUCAAAACUGCAUCCUAUGGUUUUUCUCUGCUUAAACUGAAGAUGCAGGAACCACAUUUGAGCGUCGGUGUACCAGUCAAAUGUUCUUCUCCAGAAGAUGUGAACAAAACAUUUGAGAGUAAAGAUCUCCAGCCUAAGCUGUCAGAUGAAAGUUCAGGAAUAGUAAUGCAGAAGACUCUCUCUCUUGGAUUUAAAGUAUCUGACAAGGGCCCAGGUAUAGCUGGUGAUUUCACCGAAGGAUCGUCUUCCGCCACAACUCUGACAAAACUGAAACCUUUCGCUGUUGAAGUACAAUCUUCUAGUAAAUUUGCAGACAGUUCUUCUGACAAGCCAUCGAAAGAGAUAUCCAUUUCUGCUGUAUCCCGCGAUAAGGAAGAAAUGAAACCUUCUGAAUCCGGAGAAGAGUCCACAGAUCAAAAAGAAAAAUCUGACAGUGGGAGUUCUUCAGGCAGGUUUAAAUUCUGGUUUCCAAGUAUCGGAUUUUCUUCCUCUGUCGAUGACACAACCACAGAUUCCAGAGCCGAAGACCAAACGUCAUUUCUAGAAGAUGUGCAACCCAAAGAUCCAUCUGCAACAGACAGUGACUCUUCUACGCAAACUGGGUGGUUCCGAUUUCCCAAGUUAGCUUUUUCAUCUCCGACCAAAAAAAUCAAGGAAGCUGACAAAGAAGAAGAAGAGGUCGAUCCAAAAGGGAGGAAACCUCAGGGUGAAGAAAGUCCAACAGAAAAAGCGGAAAUGUUUUUUGAUGCCCAAGAAAGUUUACCACCAAAAGAGAAAGUUGCAGAGACAGAAGAGAUCUCAGGGACUGCACCUUUGGCAGCCAUUGUUUCAUCUUCAGCAAGAACCGAACUGAUAUUACUAGAGAAAGAGAAAGCUACUUCUCAAAGCAUUCCUGAAGAGCCAUCGAAAUGAGUGGGCUGCUCCUCAGCAUUCGGUCAUACACGGGAAAAUAAUGAUGAUGGAAAAGCCUUUAAAAACAACCAAAAAAUAUUGUCUUCUUUCCAAAAAGAAAGGAAUAUUGUCUAAAUACUUAAAGAUGAUCAAAGAAAUGUAUUAUGCUACAGUAGCGUUUUCAAGAUCAUGACAUUUAUUUCAUGGGAUACGUAUGUAAACAAGCCAACCCAAACUACUGAUAAAAGGUGUUUGUCGUUCUAAUGAACCCAACAGAUAUCUUUCCUGCUAAUGUGCUCAAAAAUGUUCUUUCUUCAAGUCAGUUUAGUGGAGCAAUGACAGGGCAAGACUGUAAACAUGAGCAUUUGAGAAACACAGCAAUGAUUUUGUUCUAGAUUAUUUGCGGGAAGUAGUAGGAAGCUAAUGCUGGGAGGAUUUUAAAAAAAUAUUUCUUUUUUAGAUUUUAUUUUUUUAACUGUAUUUCUGCUGCUAUCUUAUGAAAAAUAUAUAUUUUUUCAUUAUCUUAGAGAGCAAUAGGUUCAUCCCGGGAUCCUUUUAAAACAACAACAACAACCAAACAUAAACUAAUAAUGUAGAUAUUACAAUGCUUAUUCUUCUUUUCCAGUUUGGAAGUUUGGUAAUAUUUCGCCUCUUCUUUUAAAAAGCUCAGCAUCUAUAUCAGGGAAAUAUAUAUAUAUAUAUACACACACACACACACAGAUUUUCAGCAUUAUCAGUUGUCUGCAGUUCAGUUAAACAGAAGUAUUAAGUAAGCAGCAAAGCAAUUUAUAUCCCAGUCCUAAACAUUUGCACCAACAGACCCACGUAUGAUUUCCCGCAAUAGUUGUAUUGUAAUGCCAUUCUUGUUGGUAGUGUGCUGGCAUAACUGUGAAUAUAACCCAGCCAGAGCACUUCAAUGUCAACAAACGAUAGCUGAUGUCUGCUUCAGAAAUUACUUUUUAUCAUCAACAACUUUAACCACCCAUAUUUUGAGAGCUUGUGUCAGUGUGACUUUUAGAGAACUUUAGGUGUGCCAGUUCAUAUCAGGAUCUUCUGCAUCAGGGACCCUGGUAGCCAUUUGAAAACUCUUCCCUGUGGUCAUGCCUGGCUGUUCCACACUGUGGUACAUUGUGCUUGUGCAUCUACUGUAUUGUGUAGGAACCUGGCUGUUGUCAUGCUAUUGCAGAUGUCGUUUCACAGCUUUGCAGAGGAGCAUUGAGCAGUGGAAUCCUGGACAUGGCAAGUAAAUUCACAUAGCCAGCUGGCCACUGACUGGAAGCUGACGCAAAAAGGUUUUCCUUUUGGCUAGUGUACCACCCGGUGUUUUCUGAAUACAGGAUGAAUUACAGAUCGAUGACAAAUAACCUCAACCACAGUGCGCAUCUAACAACUUAAGGUGUUCGUUUACGUUGUCUUUCCGUGCAGUGACAUUGUUACCCCUUCCUAGCUUCCCCAGAUUCUAAUCAGGUGCAGAAAAGUGGUAAGAUUCUUCUAGCUGCUCGACGGAACAGUAAAGACGUUUAGCUUAGAACAUUGCCUCAUUGUUGGGAUAUCUCAUGCUGUUUGAUUUGGCGUCGCCUUACGCUGUGCAAUCCCACCUUGAGUCUCAGAGAGAAAGGUGGGCUAUAAAUAAAUCAAGUAAGUGAAUAAAUGAAUAAAUACGAGCAGGCAUGCCGAAGCAGUCAAAGGCCCAUCUAGUCCCAGCACUGCAUUUCAUACAGUGGACAAGAAGAGGCCCCCUGGAAGCAAGGUGUAGAGACUGCCUCCCCCAAUUAUUGCCCCAAAGCACUGAUAUUCAGAGGGUUAUUCCUGUGAAAAGUACUGAGACUUACUAGCGAUUUCAGCUCUCUUACUUUUAUUAGUUCGGAACACGACAACUAGACCCGGCUCGCAGCCCGGUUUAUAUGUGCAAGAAUCCCACACCCAAAACACACCCACACACAAGUGAUUGGUCAUUC